GCAAAUCCCAAACUCGCCAAAUUACGCGACGACGACGAAAGACUUCCCAUCCACUGGGCCGCAUCCUACAACCGCCUCCCCAUCGUCGAGAUCCUGUCUGACCGCAAAGACUUUGACCCAGACGUCCAAGAUGGCGCAGGCUGGACACCCCUCAUGAUAGCCUCCUCCCUCAAAGACUCGUCCGCCUCAGAAACCCUCACCACCCUCCUCCUCUCCAAAAAUGCCGACCCGACCCUCACCACAAACACCGGAGCCACAGCCCUCCACUUUGCAGCCAGCAAAACAAACCUGGACACGGCCAAAAAACUCAUCGAGCACAAGGCUUCUGCAAGAGUCAAGGACAAAAGAGGUCAAUUGCCUUUACACAGGGCAGCUGCCGUGGGCAAUGUGCCCAUGGUGAAAUUGAUGUUGGAGAACAGGAGUCCGGUCAAUGCGACUGAUGGGGAUGGGUGUACGGCUUUGCAUCAUGCGGUUGCGGAGGGGCAUGGUGAUACGGCCAUGGUGUUGCUCAAGGCGGGUGCCGAGACGGAUAAGAAGGAUAAUACUGGUGCUUUGGCGCUGGAUCUUGCGCCUGAUGCCAAGGUCAGAGAUUACAUUACUCGUGCUGCAGAGGAGGAAGGCAUUACACUUUAG